AUGGCACUGCAACCGUCCAAAUAUACAGAGCUUCUAGGACCACCUGCCGGAACUCCGCGAUCUGGGCUUUCUGUCACCAGUUCAUCCGAUCAGACAUCUCUAUUGAUCCUGAACCAAUCAAGGCGCAAAGAGGAUUUCUCAACAAAUUCCAGCACACUGAUACCUAACAAUCCUAACAACCAUAAUUAUGUCAAGAAUGUGGAAGCAGCGGUAAGUGUUGAUCAUAUUGCUGGUUUAGCUGUGCGCUACUCUGCAGUCCCUGCAUGUGGUCGAUCAAGCUUACCAUGUCGCCUGGAGGCCCGCCAUCGUACAGGACUAGGCUUGGAAGAAGAAAGGGAUUCAGAUGGUCGCACGCGACAGAAAGAGCCAUUGCGCAUGCAUCGCUCUAGAACAAGGCAGUCCCGGGAGAGGAAGAAGCGGACAGGGCUUCUGGAAAGAAAAGUUCCUAUUAGCGAGCUAACUAGUUGGGAGCUACAGUUCAUAGAUGGGCUGGACCGGAGACUGGAAUGGCUCUACAACCAGCUCUGCCCAGGCCGGAGACCUUACCAUUUCGCGCUGCUUGCGAACCACUGGCUCAAUAAAGAAACCUGGCUGGUAAUUGACCCACCUACGCGAAUACCUAUCGAUGCUAGAAGGCGACUAGGAGAUCCAAGAUUCAACUCGCCAUAUCCAAAGCCUGACUGGGCCGCGAAACCAAAGUACCCAAGGGUGCCACGCAAAGCAAUUUAUACUCCUAAAAUUAACUCAUGGAGGCUAGCUGUGAACAAACACCGAAAAGCAUCUGGACUACGUGACAUGGUCAAGACAAUUAAACUUUACCCCGAUUCGACGGCUGAUCCAUCAGAUGGGAAGGUUGACCCAUCAUGCUGGAUGCUGCGCAGACCCCCGCAAGGACCGUUCAUGUCAGCCCGACAGGGAAAAGUCUAUUAUGAAGGAGGGGCAGGCUGGCAAGAGACAUUCGAUGAUUGGCAAAAGAUCCGCCAUGGCUAUCUGAUUCGGAAAGCCAUCCAUGAAGGCAGAGUCAACAGAACAAGAGCAAAAGAAACUGCAGGAGCAAUCAGCCGGUAUUUUCAUAUGGCAACAGCAAAAGGCUCUUGA